AUGGAGCCUCCUGCUAGAUCAGAGGCAUGCCUCUCUGAAACUUCAAGCAUAAUUUCAGUUUCAAAUGCUCCCCCAUCUCUAAAGCCCUCGUUAAUAAUGGAGAGCCAAAAGGAGGGAAAAAGCGAACUUGAAGAACAUCAAGAAGAAGAAAAGCACCAAGAAGGGGUACUAGAUACCAAUCGUGAUCUUGUAUUGGAUCUAAGCCUCUCUAGCAAGGAUUCCAAUCAAGAGUCACCAAAGCCGGAACUCAAUCUCAUCGAUUCUUUCGAUAUGAAUCCAUCAAGUAAGUCUUUAGAUACUCCUCAAGGUAAUGAAACCGAGCCUCGAGUGUUUUCAUGCAACUAUUGUCAGAGAAAAUUCUAUAGCUCACAAGCACUUGGGGGUCACCAAAAUGCACAUAAGAGAGAAAGAACACUUGCCAAACGUGGACAAAGAAUUAGUACAGCUUCUUUUGCUCUUCUUCAACCUAAUUACUCACACCAAAAUCGAUACACUAGCAUGGCUUCUCUUCCUUUGCAUGGCUCCUUCAAUAGAUCGCUUGGAAUUCAGGUGCACUCUAUGAUCCACAAGCCAUCUAACACUAAUUCUUCUUCAAAUAUUUACGGCCAAAAUGGAUGGUCUAGAAAACCUAUUGAUCAACAACCUGCAAUUGGGAAGCUUGCAUUAGAGAAGUUUCAGAUAGGAACAAAUAUAAGUACUGGAUCAUCAUCCAGUAAUGGGGUUGCAAGAUUCGAAAGUUCUCGAAAAUUUUCUCCGGUUAGUGCUGAAGGAAUCGGUGGAUUUUGGUGGGAUGGUGGUGUUAACCAUUUGAAGACCAAACAAGAAGAUUUGCAAAAGAUUGACUUGUCACUCAAGCUCUGA